CACCUCCCUUCCCUCUCUGCCUUAAUCCUCCUCCUUCUCCCUUUCUCUUUUUUCUCCAAUCUUGCCCUCACUUUCUGAUUCCUGUAGACUCCCUCCAUUUCUGCUCUGAAUCAACUAAUUUAUUUUAGGUGUUUUUUUUGUCCUGUUCCACAUAUCUUCAUCAUCUUUCUGUUAAUUUUUUUAAAAAAACUUCAAAGUUUUGAGAUUGAAGAUGUUGCAAGAUAUGUGGAACGCACCUCCCGGCUUCAGGCCCACCAAAUCUGCUCCUUCUUCGCCGGCGAAGCCUCUUGGGGUCUCAAGAACUCGCUCUGAGGCUUUCCAUAUAGCUCACAAAGUCCCAGUUGGUGAUACUCCUUAUGUUCGUGCCAAGAAUGUUCAAUUGGUGGAUAAGGAUCCAGAAAAGGCAAUACCUUUGUUCUGGGCAGCGAUUAAUGCUGGAGAUAGAGUGGAUAGUGCUUUGAAAGACAUGGCAAUUGUAAUGAAGCAGCAGAAUAGGGCAGAAGAAGCUAUUGAGGCUAUUAAGUCACUCAGAAGUCGGUGUUCUGAUCAGGCUCAAGAGGCUCUUGACAAUAUUCUGUUAGACCUCUACAAGAGAUGUGGGAGACUGGAUGACCAGAUAGCAUUGUUGAGGCAUAAGUUAUUCUUAAUUCAACAAGGAAUGGCCUUUAAUGGGAAGCGUACAAAGACAGCAAGAUCUCAAGGCAAGAAAUUCCAGGUCUCUGUUGAGCAAGAAGCAACUAGAUUACUGGGAAAUUUGGGUUGGGCAUUAAUGCAGCAAAACAACUAUAUAGAAGCUGAAGAUGCUUACAGGAGGGCUUUACUAAUUGCGCCUGACAAUAACAAGAUGUGCAAUCUAGGCAUCUGUUUGAUGAAACAAGGUAGGAUUGCUGAGGCUAAAGAGAACCUUAGAAAAGUGAAACCAGCAGUCUCUGAUGGCCCGAGAGGAGUUGAUUCACAUCUUAAGGCUUAUGAGAGAGCCCAACAAAUGCUCAGGGACCUUGAGUCCGAGAUGAUGAAUAAAGGUGGAGAAGAUAGAGUUGAACAAAGCAAGUUAUUUGAUGCAUUCUUGGGUUCUUCAGCAAUCUGGCAGCCUCAGCCUUGCAAGGAGCAUGGCGGCAAUUUGCUUCCAUCGGCAGCCGUUGAUUCGGCGAAUCCCAGAGAUGAGUUUGCCAAUGAGAACAUCAAUUCUGGUAACAUCAUGGCGAACCAAAUGGUUCAUCCAAUGCAGAAAAGCGUCAAAUCAAAUGCGUCUUUGGGGAAUUUGCUCAACAUUGAUGCACCGCCGUUUUUUUCGUCGAGAUUCUCCCAGGAUCAUCAACAAGCGCGUUUCCCAGAAACCCUUAAGAGAACAAGGUCUAGUAAUGCAGCUAGCUCAGUGAAGGAAAUGGGAGAUUGGAGGAUGACAGCAGCUGAGCCUGAAAACAAGGUUCGGAAAUGCUUGAUUGCACCUGAGAAGGAAGAGGAUAACUUUGCUGAUUUGCUGCUUCCAAAUAGUAAAGAUUUUGAGGAUGCGAUUCUGGCUGCAGUUUUGUGCUCAGACGAUGAACCAAGAAAGGUUGUGGAUUGUAGCAAUGAUCAUGGAAUCCCGCAGAGGAAGCUUGAGAAAAGGCUGAAGGUUUUUCAGGACAUCACACUGUCUCUCAGUCCAAGGGCCUAACGAGUUUUUUUAGUUCCUAACAUUUUUAGAUGUCGAGAUAUCAGAGUGGAGAUAAACUUUUUCUCCUAAUUUAUUUCCUAUUUUCUCAGGUAAUAUGUCUUAUUAUUUUAGUCAUUAGUUAUUGAAACAGGAUUAGAAGAGGAAUCAGUUAACUUUAUGCCCCUAUGCCCUUAUGGCUUGAUGUAAUAAUGACAUUGAUUAUUUAUAAUAAUAUUGUUUCUUCACCUUC